AAUAAUAUAUUUUUAUGUUUUCCCUCCCCCCUCCCUCCCCCCUCCCUUUGGCACACAGCAAACAGAGGAAUUGAUCAGCAGCUGAACAGACUGGAGAGAGAGAGAGAGAGAGAGAGAGAGAGAGGGGGGGGGGUCUGGGGAGAACUGGCCCUGAUUUAGAGGAGUUGUAGGGACUGGGAUGUAUAGUUCACCUGCAAUCUAAGAACUGCACUCUGAACCCCACCAAUGAUGGACCUGGAACUCACUUGGCACACAGGCCCAACACGGCCAACUUUGCAUACUGAUGGGGUUUGGGGGCGAUUGACCUCGACUUCCAAGAGUUAUAGUUCACCCAUAUUGGAAUGUAUAGUUCACCAACAAUCAAUGAGGACUCUGAACUCCACCAACAAUUGACCUGGAACUAACUUGUCAAACAGAACCCACAUGACCAGCAAAAAAUACUGGAGGUCUUUGGGGGGAAUUCACCUUGAUUUGGGGGAGUUGUAGUUCACCUGCAUCCAGAGAGGACUGUGAACCCAAACACGGAUGGAUCUUGACAAGACUUGGCACACGGACCUGAUAUGCCGAGAUGUGAUUACUGGAGGGGUUUGGAGGGACUGAUCUUCCUUUCUGGGAGUUGUAGUUCACCCACAACCACGGAAAGUGCGACCUCCACUGAUGAUGGAUCUGGACCACACUUGGCACACGGAACCCCAUGUAACUCAACCUACUGGAGGAGUUGGAGGGGACAGACUCACCAUGGUGGGAGUUGUAGUUCACCCUACAGCCAGUAAGCACACUGGACCCCACUCGUGAUGCGUCAAGAGCUAACUUACCCAACAUACAAACUUGGAAGUAUUGAUGGAGUUUCUGGGGUUUAACUUGGCAUGAUGGGAGUUGUAGUUCACCCACAGUCUUAUGAGUUUUGGACAAUUAAAACACUGACUUUGUGAUCUUGCUGAAUUCCUACAUUCACUUUGGAUUAUAGAGCAGAACGGAAGAGUCGGAAGAGACUGCAGGAGGCACCCAAUCCAGGCCUCUGCCGUGCAAGGAAAGUGCAAAGGACCCCUGACAGAUGUGCAUCUGGCCUCUGGUUAAAGGAUUCCAGAGGAGCCUCCACUACAUUUUGAGGCAGAGAGUUUCACUGCCGAACAGCUCUUACAGUCAGGAAGUUCUUCUUAAUGUUCAGAUGGAAUCUACUUUCCUGUUAUUUGAACCUACUGCUGUGAGUGAUCAGAAAGGGAAAAACAAGAAUCAAGUGUCCAUAUUGGAAUUAAAUGUACAUAGCACAUAACUCUGUUGACAUGGAGGAGAAAGCAUAUAAAUGUAUCGAAUGUGGAAAGACGUUUAGUCAGCAUGGAAAACUGAAGACACAUCAAAGGACUCACUCUGGGGAGAAACCCUAUAACUGCCUGGAGUGUGGACAGAGCUUCACUCAGAAGGGACACUUACAUUCACAUCAAAGGACUCACACUGGGGAGAAACCCUAUAACUGCCUGGAGUGUGGACAGAGCUUCACUCAGAAGGGAAGCUUACAUUCACAUCAAAGGAUUCACACUGGGGAGAAACCCUAUACAUGCCUGGAGUGUGGACAGAACUUCACCCAUAGUUCAGGCCUAUGUUCACAUCAAAGGAUUCACACUGGGGAGAAACCCUAUAACUGCCUGGAGUGUGGACAGAGCUUUGCUCAGAAGGGAAGCUUACAUACACAUCAAAGGACUCACACUGGGGAGAAACCCUAUAAAUGCCUGGAGUGUGGACAGAGCUUCACUCAUAGUUCAGGCCUACGCAGACAUCAAAGGACUCACACUGGGGAGAAACCCUAUAAAUGCCUGGAGUGUGGACAAAGCUUCACUCGUAGUUCAGGCCUACGUAGACAUCAAAGGACUCACACUGUGGAUAAACCCUAUAACUGCCUGAAGUGUGGACAGAGCUUUACUCAGAAGGGACAAUUACAUUCACAUCAAAGGACUCACAGUGGGGAGAAACCCUAUAAUUGCCUUGAGUGCGGACAGAGCUUCAUUCAUAGUUCAGGACUACGUAGACAUCAAAGGACUCACACUGGGGAGAAACCCUAUAACUGCCUGGAGUGUGGACAGACCUUUGCUCAGAAGGGACACUUACAUUCACAUCAAAGGACUCACAGUGGGGAGAAACACUAUAACUGCCUGGAGUGUGGACAGAGCUUCACUCAUAGUUCAGGCCUACGAUCACAUCAAAGGACUCACACUGGAGAGAAACCCUAUAACUGCCUGGAGUGUGGACAGAGCUUCACUCAGAGUUCAGGCCUACGUAGACAUCAAAGGACUCACACUGGGGAGAAACCCUAUAACUGUCUGGAGUGUGGACAAAGCUUCACUCAUAGUUCAGGCCUACGUACACAUCAAAGGACUCACACUGGGGAGAAACCCUAUAACUGCCUGGAGUGUGGACAGAGCUUUGCUCAGAAGGGACACUUACAUUCACAUGAAAGGACUCACACUGGGGAGAAACCCUAUACAUGCCUUGAGUGUGGACAGAGCUUCACUCAUAGUUCAGGCCUACACAGACAUCAAAGGACUCACACUGGGGAGAAAACCUAUAAAUGCCUGGAGUGUGGACAGAGCUUUGCUCAGAGUGGAACUUUACGUUCACAUCAAAGGACUCACACUGGGGAGAAACCCUAUACAUGCCUUGAGUGUGGACAGAGCUUCACUCAUAGGUCAAAUCUACACUCACAUCAAAGGACUCACACUGGGGAGAAACCUUAUAAAUGCCUGGAGUGUGGACAGAGCUUUGCUCAGAGUGGAACUUUACGUUCACAUCAAAGGACUCACACUGGGGAGACACCGUAGAAAUGCAUGGAGUGUGGAUAGAGCCUUUCAUGGAAUAAGGUUAUACAUGGACAUCAUAGAAUUCAACCUGGAGAGAAUGAUGUUAAUUGACCCCAGAGUGUCAUUCUAACAUGUACAAAAGCAACUCUUGCACAUUUUGGAAAUUCAAGCUUAAAGUUGGGACAUUUCAUCACAUGUGGUGUAUUGUAGAAAGAUUGAACUAAAAUAUGUUCCAUUCUGGAAGUAAACAAGGUUACAUGAAACUAGAGUUUUAUAUGCUGAGAAUGUUGGAUGAUCAAUUAGAAUGAAAGCAUGAGUAGUUACUGCGAGAUACUCAAGUAAGAAUUGACUGUACACAGGGAUGGAAGGAAUGUUUUAUUCCAAAGCAAAAACAAUGGCUUAUGAAGAUCUGCAAAUUAGCCACAACGAACAAACUGACAACAACAACAUGGGCAAAUGUCAGUUGUAAUAGGUAUUAAUUGGAAAAGUGUUAUAACAAAUAGAAGUGUUAUAUGAUAUUAUCUAAAGGGAGUAGAAUAAUGAGAGAUAAAAAUUAACAGAUAGAAUGAGGCUUUUAGGCACGUAUCCCUGUCUGUUUGUUAGUUCAGUUGUGUGUCUAUGUAGGUCACUGUUUUGCAAGUGUGUUAGUUUCUGAUUUAGUUUUGUAUCUCAUGUAGUAGUUAGUUUCAUGUUCAGUUGAAGCAUUAUAAAUUAUUUCUGCCUUCCUUGUAUUGUUACUUUUAAUUUUUUUAUUUUCAAAAAAUAGGGUGAUUUAUAAGGGUCAAAACGGCUGAAACUGGAGGGGUGGGUAGAAAUGGCUGACUUAUCGAUUUUCUGUAUUUGAAAACAAAUUGUAAUGCUUAGAACCGCUAUUAUGAAUUGUGGUGCAUGUUAACUAUAUAACUAUAUAAAAUGGAUUAUAGACAUAUAAUUGACACUGAAUCAGACAUGUAUACAAUAAAUUAGUCUUGAUGUAUCAAGGGUGUGUGUGUGUGUGUGUAAGGAAGUGGAGUGUUUGUGUGGGUGCUUGUGAAGAACAGAAGAAACAGGCCUCAAAAGAAAAUGGUCCACGCAAAGUCUGACAUGGGAUGGACUUGGCGGGUGAAGCAAGGAAUCAGCAAGGCGUCUCUCACCUGGCAAGACGGAACGAGGGUCCAGGAAGGCCUAUCCGAAUAACCACGGGCAAUGAAGUGUGCAGCUGGCACCCCAUACGUCAUGCAGCCUGAGACUGAGCAUGUUUUGAAACCAGGCCGUAAGAACAGAAGGAACCGAAAGAAGGACGAAACUUUAGGCCAGGGGUCCUCAAACUUUUGAAGUGGGGGGCCGGUUCACGGUCCUUCAGACUAUUGGGGGGGCUGGACUAUGAAGAAAUAGUCCAAAAUUAGGAUUGUUGUUGUUGUGUGCCUUCAAGUCAUUUCAGACUUAGGACAACCCCAAGUCUAAAGUUCAGGACAGGGGCCAGGUCAAUGACCUUGGGGGCCGCAUCUGGCCCACGGGCCUUCGUUUGGGGACCCCUGCUUUAGACUAUCAAAUGCAGGGGCCUCAAAGAUCCAGCACGCUUUCCGGAACCACCGAGACCACGUCUGUCGGGAGAACGUGAUCGCCUCUUCCGAGCAGGGCCUGUGCGUGAGAAUAUGGAUGUAUGGAUCUGCGUGUGGGUGAGAGCUCUCUCGGGAUGUGAUUUUGAUAGGAUUGUGAUGUGAUUAUCAAUAAAUGUUACAAUGAAAGUGUUAAAACCAAA